UAGUGCAAUAAAUAAAUGGUAUUUAUCAUUGCAUACACAUCUGCUUAAACGAUUGUUCAAGAAUUACGAAAACGAAUUUGGCUAAAGCUUUUACGCUUAAAAUAAAAGUUCAAAGCAAUGGAAAUAUUACUGAAAAUUCACGGGAUAUUCCACCACAAACAACGUUCAAACUACUGCAAAGCAACGGAUUGCGCGCAGCUCGCUUCCAUGCAAGUCCGCUCCAAAUAAUGUAUCGGGCCAUUAUCGAUGCUUCUCGACUGGCGUGAAGAAUAAAUAUUUUAAUGCUCCCGAAGUUAAUCAUCCGGGAUUGGUAGCAAUUAAAUUCAUCGACAACGGGAUCAUCGGGGAGUACGUAGGAUCGGUGUGGAUAAUGAGCGUCUGUUGCAUCCAGUACAUGUAUUUUCACGGUCAAACGAAAAUUGAUAACCUUCGCAUCCAGAUAAAGCGAGAAUAAAUAAAAUAGACAAGUAACAUAAAACGAGAUCAAGGAAAAGAAGAACUUUAAAUAAGACGAGCACGUGGACGCACGUUCACCACGAGAUACCGGAUAUUCUGCGAAAACCAAGAAAGUUCACCAGUAGACUCUCUCCAAGGAAUCUUUUCGUCCUCUUUAAAUAUUUGCUUCUUUCCACAGAUUCCGACAUCCCUUUCUGUCGCAUGGCAUCGUUGCUUCGCCAGGGGAAGCAAUCCGAUCAACAAAAGAAGGCCCAUCGUCUUGUCGCGGAAGUCUCGCUUCUCUAUUCUGCAUACACUAGCUUGUCGCUACUUCUGUGUCAUUCUCCGUGUCGAAGACUCGUUUCCGGUAAAUCCACUUAUCAAUGUUGUACAGUCUCUGUUCUAGCUGUUGUUCUUCACCAAAUCACAAGUCGUUUAUGGAGCCAGAUUCCACAAACUCCACCGAGAACUGCACGAAUGGUCCGCGGGAAUUUCACAAGAAUUCCACGACAGUUCCACCGGAAUUCAACGAGAGUACAAGGAGAAUUUCGCGGGAAUUCCGCGAGAAUCCAACGAGAAUUCAGCGAUGGCUAGAGAGAAGAAAAAGUACCACGGAGGAGAGACGUGCACGAUACACUGGUGAACGAGUUGGUGGACGACCAAGGAGGUCCAGCAGGCAGUGGAGACGACGACGACGAUGCGGAGCGGCACGCGGUGUUGUUAACUAAGCUGCCGCUGUUCGCGGGGCUGUGUGACACGCUGCAUAGAGCGCGGUACGAGACCAGUUCGAAGACUGAGUACGAGUCCAUAUCCCGGAGGCUGACUUCUCUCGGCCCUACCAGGGUACGCCGUACAGUAAUGCCCGUCCAUUGCCCGCCUCUGGAUAACGUUUCCUUCCACCAUUAGGCAACACGCGAUACACGCUUCGCCGUGAGACACGCCGUGCUCUCCCGUGUCCUCACGCGGGGGAACCGUUGCAGGAUUAUCGCGGAUCUUUCGGAGGAGGCUCUCUCUUUCUCUUUCUUUCGCUUUCCUUCUGCCAAAGUGACCCGGUGGGAAUGAGACGUUAAGAUUCUAAGCUGAAAUAAUUUA